AUGCCUAAUCAAUCGAAUGAACGAGCAAUUCAACUCAUUUCGCAAUACGCCAAACAACUACGUCCCAAAGUCAACAGUGAUUUUGAUUCCAUAUUAUCGGCUAUUGGCGAUGCCAAAGUGGUAAUGAUCGGUGAAGCAAGUCAUGGUACUUAUGAAUUUUAUGAAAAUCGGGCCGAAUUAACGAAGCGUUUGAUAAAAGAAAAAGGUUUCACCAUUUUGGCAUGUGAAGCGGAUUGGCCAUGUGCUUGGAAAGUAAAUCAAUGGGUGAAAGGAGUGUCGACUAAUGAAAAAAAUGCAGAAGAAGCUUUGGGUGAAUUUCUUCGUUUUCCACGCUGGAUGUGGCGAAAUACAGUUGUUCAAGAAUUUAUUACUUGGUUAAAAGCUCAUAAUGAAACCGUCAAAGAUAAAAAACAAAAAACAGGAUUUUAUGGUAUCGAUUUAUAUAGUUUACAGUCGAGUAGAGAAGAAGUAAUCAAAUAUUUGGAAAAAGUAGAUGGAGAAUUGGCUAAGAGAGCAAAAAAGUGUUAUGGCUGUUUCGAUCGUUAUCCAACAGAGGAAUCGUAUGGCUAUAAUUCGGCCUUGGCUUUGUCUCAUGGUUGUGAGAAAGAAGCUAUUGCAGUUUUAAAAGCAAUGUUGGCUAAGCACGCUAAUUUGAUGUCACAAAACAAGAGCCAAGAUGAUUACGAUGAAUCAUUUUAUGCUAUGGAAAAUGCAAAAAUUGUCAGAGAGGCAGAAAAGUACUAUCGACAUAUGUUUGAGGGUGGGGAAAUAACGUGGAAUAUUCGUGAUACGCAUAUGGUUGAAUGUUUGCAAGAUUUGUUGAAACAUAUUGGUGAUGAUGCAAAAGCUGUUAUUUGGGCACAUAAUUCUCACAUUGGCGAUGGGUUCGAAACACAGUCUAAGCGUGCGAAAGAAGUUAAUAUUGGGCAAUUGGUACGUCAGCGAUUCGGUUUGGAGAAUACAUUCAAUAUUGGCUUCACUACGUUUACGGGAACAGUAACAGCCGCAGAUAACUGGGAUAUGGAUCCUGAUUUCAAACGUGUUAAACCAUCAUUGAAGCAUUCACAUGAAUAUUUACUACAUGAAGCAUUGAUUGCAGGUGAAACUAAGGAAACAAAAUCUCACCUAGCUAGUGAUGGUCAAUAUUACUUAUUAUUUCGAUCAAAUAGUAGACAAUCAAACGAUGCUAAUAGUAUUUCAAAAGAACUAAAUGAUUUAUUCUAUACAACACGAUUAGAACGAGCUAUAGGCGUUAUUUAUAGACCAAACACAGAACGACCAUCGCAUUAUUUUGAUGCACAUUUAUCCACACAAUUUGAUUGUGUUAUUCAUAUUGAAACAACAAAAGCCUUAGAACCGUUGGAAAUGCAUCCACAAUGGGUAAAAAGUAGAAAUGAUCAAGUACCAGACACAUUUCCGAUGAAUGUCUAA